UGUAAGACGUUUCGCCGAUGUAGAAGAUUUUGGCAGAACACCGGACUGCUCUUCACAGUCAGCCAAUCAGCGCACGUAAACAAACGUGACCACAUCUUGUCCAAUCAGCGGCGUCUAUGUUGGAGAGCACCCGUCUGUUGACUCGGGAAGGUGACUCCAUAGCGAUAUUCGGAAAUAAUUUCCAUUUUAUCACGCAAAUGCUGUAAAAUAGUUAUACUUUUACGCCAUGUCUUCGUUGGGGAGGAUGUUUAGCGUCCUCCGUGGCAGCUCUCAGCUCAUUAGACGCGGUCCACGAAGGAUAAUGACGAGAAAGGCAGGUGGUGGUCCACACAUCGAGCCACAGUACAGGCAAUAUCCUCAACUCACCAAGAAGCAAAAGUUAGAGUCUGAGUUCAUCAGCGGUGCCAUGUGGUUCUGGAUCCUCUGGCACAUGUGGCACGACUCCGAUGCAGUGCUGGGUCAUUUUCCUUGGCCCGAUGCUUCCCAGUGGACAGACGAGGAGCUUGGAAUUCCAGCAGAUGACGAGGAAUAAACAACACAUGUCCUGAUUGUACAUAAAUAAAUCAUUCUUAAGUUAA